UUUAAAAUUAAUGACCCUGAUACGGUUUGCAGAGAACAGUAGGUGAAGCAACGCUUCUGUGAAAAGAAGUUUAAUUAGCAAUAGCAGCUAGUUGCAAAUAUUCUAUUGACAAGUGGUUUGUUGACAUUUUGUUCAAAAUUGCCAAAAAUAAGAUAAUGACAAACGCCGUGAAAGCACCUGAAGAGGAAGGUAGUACAACAGAAGUUGUAAAACCAACUGAAGAAAAUUCAAAUAGUUCUGAGAACGGCAUCGAAAUCAACAAUAUUUCGGAAACUAUUACUCACUCAGGGGUGCAGAGAGUCAAAUGCAAUGGUGACUCAGCACGUCAGGAAUCUGAUGACUCAGCAAUCCAUAGUGAUGACGAUGCGGCACAAAUCGCGGAUGAAAAUCCUGAUAAAAGUGAAGAAAAAGUCGAAACCGAGAAAAAAGAUCAAGAAGUGAUUAUAACAGUGCAGGAUAAUCUUUUCACCAUAAAGAUUAACGCACCAGGUGUUGAAGUGUUUGAAGCACAGGUUUCUCCACAAGAAAUGGUGCAAGAACUCCACCAGUUAUUGAUGGAUCGAGAAGAUACAUGCCACAGGACAUGCUUCUCAUUACAAUACAACGGAAUUCCUUUGGAUAAUUUCUCUGAACUGAAAAGUAUCGAAGGGCUGAAAGAAGGAUCUGAAAUUAAAGUGAUAGAAGAGCCAUACAGUGUAAGAGAGGCCCGCCUUCAUGUUCGGCAUGUACGUGAACUUCUUCAUUCAGUAGAUUACGUUGAUGCAUAUAAUGGGGCAGACUGCAGUAGUUUGUCUUACGUCAAUAUUGUCACAGACGGGGAUGUAACUGCUGUCUUGCAACGACCUGCCUUCACAGAGCUCAACAGCACCUCUAGUGGUUCAACCAGCGGCAACAGCACCCCAGAUUCGCCCACUUCGAGCCCCACUGACCCCGUAGCCCCUAAACCCACCACUAACGGGGAGGGGUCAGGUAAAAGAAAGAAACAAACCCGAAGUCUUGACCAGUUGAUAUCAUCGGUAGACUGCACACCACCAGACUGCAUUAUGCCGGGAUAUAAAGAAUGUUUACUUACCCCAAUGCAUCCUGUGCUGAAAGAACCAAAGCUAAAUGUUUGCUUGAAAGUCUUAACCAUGAGCAUGUGGAACCCACCCCCAGGAAAUAGGAAAUUACAUGGUGACCUCUUGUACCUCUAUGCUGUCACUUCGGAACAAAAGCGAUUCCAUAUAACAGCCAGUUCUAGAGGUUUCUAUGUCAACCAGAGUGAUAUGGAGACCUUCAACCCAAAGCCAAUCCAGGGUGCCCAUGUUUUUCACUGUUUAAUUGAUCUGUUGAGUAAUAUAUCUCCCGUGUUCAAACGAAACUUCACUGCUUUAAACAAGAAGAGGUUUGGAAGGCAUCCGUAUGAAAGAAUUGCAACCCCGUUCCAGGUCCAAAGUUGGUCAGCUCCAGCAUUGGAGCAUAAUGUGGACUUGGUACGUGCUGAGGAUUCCUAUAGUUCCCGGCUGCUAUUCGAAGAACAUAUACCAGGCCAGCAAACCCGAGAUUGGAAUGAAGAACUUUCAAGCACGAGGGAAUUACCGAAGACAACGUUGCCCGAACGUCUCUUACGUGAAAGGGCAAUGUUCAAGGUCCACAGUGAUUUCGUUGCAGCUGCCACACGAGGCGCUAUGAUGGUAAUUGACGGUAACGUGAUGGCGAUUAAUCCUGGCGAUGCAAAAAACAUGAGAAUGUAUAUUUGGAAUAAUAUCUUCUUCAGUCUUGGGUUUGAUGUUCGUGAUCAUUACAAAAACUUUGGUGGCAACCACGCUGCUUUUUACGCACCAUGUUGUGAUUUGAACGGAGUAAAAGCAUAUGGGAUGUUGGAUACAGAAGGACUUUACACACUUGGUACUGUGGUUGUGGAUUACAGAGGAUUUCGAGUGACUGCUCAAUCUAUUAUACCAGGCAUACUUGAACGAGAGCAAGAACACAGCGUGGUGUAUGGUUCCAUUGAUUUCGGCAAAACCGCACAGACACAUGAAAAGUACGUUGAACUUCUUGAGAAAACUACAAAACAACUUCAUGUGUUUCCACACUGUAUAAAAAGCGAGGAAAAAGGAUCCGUGAAACUUUAUUCUUCACUUGAAUGCAAAGGCAUUAUAGGUAACGACCAGCGUCAUUACAUCCUUGAUUUGCUCCGAACUUUUCCUCCGGAUGUUAAUUUCCUCCCACUGGAGGGAGAGGAUCUCCCGGAAGAAUGCAAGAAGAUGGGAUUCCCAAAGAAACAUCGUCAUCGACUCUCAACUCUUCGUCCAGAACUUGUGGAGGUCUUCAUUGAUCAUCUGUAUGUUGUGUUCAUGAGACAUUGUGCUUCACAAAUUGUUAACGUCCGAAACAAAGCUACUGCUGAACAGAAACCAAUCACAGAUGGGGAUAAUGUGGAGGGAUCUGUUGCAAAAAGUGAGGAUACCAAACCAGAUGCUGAACAAAUGGCAAAGUGGCAGCAAGAGGCCGUACGUUCCGCUGCCAAACUUGUGGGUUCGUACUCCGACACAGAGUUUGACAUCCGAUUCAACCCGGAUAUUUUCUCGCCCGACGUUGAGCAUGACGGACCACCAGAGGAGCUAGAGAAGCAGAAGGAAUUGAUCAAACAAGCUGCAAGGUUUAUCCUUACCAACCAAAUACCAACUUUCGUAAAAGAUUGCUUAGAACAUACAGCAAUGCCUACUGAUGGUGCGUCACUAUCUGAUGCAUUACAUGAGCGUGGUAUUAAUGUAAGGUACUUGGGGAAAAUAAUCAAACUGAUUGAAAAGACUCGAUCAUUGGAGCAUAUUCAUAGAAUUGGUUUAAUGGAGAUAGUGUUACGUUCCACCAAACACAUUAUGAGGAACUACCUACAGAACGUUGACCAAUGCAGCGUUUCUUCCGCUGUGUCACAUUUCCUAAAUUGCUUCCUUGGAAGUUUCCUAACACCUGUGCCAAAUCUUCCUGAGGAAGAACUUAUCAGCAAUAAAAAGAAGAAACGCGCUCGCAAACAACGUGCACAGUCUGGAGUCGUUAGCCAAGGAGCUGCGUGGCAUAUUCUAACACCGGAGGCGCUAUGGGAGCAAAUUGAGACGGAAUCUUCUGAAUAUUAUGAUUUUAAAACCAAAGUGAAAUCCAUUGAUGAGUUGGUUGAGAAGCAUUCUGUCCAUAAGGUGGCGCUGUUGAGGCGAUUCUGCAUCACAAUGGGAAUUCAGUUGUUGGUGAAAGAUUACGCGUUUGAUAGUCGACAUAAAUCCCCAUUCACUGAAGAAGAUGUGACGAACUUAUAUCCCGUGAUUAAACACGCUCCACCUCGGGCUUCGGAUGCUUACCAGUUCUAUACAAGCGCACAAAGCAAAGUACAGCAAGGAUACCUCAAGGAGGGAUUCGAAUUAUUUAGCGAGGCCUUGAAUUUAUUCAAUAAUGUAUAUGGGGCUGUGCAUGGUGAAAUUGCUGCAUGUUAUAGACAUAUAGCAAGACUUAACUACAUGAUGGGUGAACAUGCUGAUGCAAUUACUAACCAGCAGAAAGCAGUCAUACUGAGUGAAAGGGUUCUAGGUAUUGACAACGUGACCACCAUCAUGGAUUACAUCAGUCUUGCUUUAUAUUGUUUCGCUAAUCGGAAGAUCUCUGCUGCCCUCAAGCUGUUGUAUCGUGCACGAUAUUUAUUUCUAUGUGUCCAUGGCAACGACCAUCCUGAAAUCUCAUUGGUUAAUAGCAACAUUGGACUUGUAUUACACGGAGUGCAGGAAUACGAUUUAUCUUUAAGGUUUCUGGAAGAAGCUUUAAAGAUCAACGUUAAAUAUCAUGGACAGAAAAGUUUAAAAGCUGCGUUGAGCCACCACUUAGUAGCUCGUGCAUAUUCAUGCAAAGGAGAGUUCCGUUCCGCACUAAACCAUGAGAAGGAAACUUACAAAUUAUAUAAAUCACAACUUGGUGAAGAACACGACAAAACAAAGGAAAGUGGGGAAUGUUUGCGUCACCUCACCGAACAAGCAGUUACCCUGCAACGAACAAUGAACGAAAUUUAUAAAAAUGGUUCGACUGCUUCAAUUCCUCCACUGCAGAUCACACCACCAAGCAUGCACAGUGUAUUAGAUCUCAUGAACGUUAUAAACGGAAUCAUCUUUAUACCACUCAGUCAAAAAGACUUGGAAGCGAUCAGACACGAGGUGCAUAGACAACAAGUUGAAAACAACAAACUUGUUGCUUUAGCAACCAAAACCACGACGUCGGCAACUACCGCGAUGACAGUGCAAAAUAUGAAGGAAGUAGAUUGUGGGUUGGAUUAGAUGGAGUUGCAGCCGGGCCAAUUGUUAGUUUCACUGAAUUAACCUCACAUGCGUGUCGAGCACAAUAUAACAAUCCACUUCUGUCAAAGACAAAACCGAUCAAAGUUUUUCAAGUUUUCGCGUUCCCUUAAAAUUAGUGUUCCUCUUUUCUUGGUAGAGGUUCCAAUUUUGACCAAAUGCAAUCUGACUAUGAUGUCAUAAUCUAUCCUACUGUGAACAAUUAGGGUUCGAUUGAGCUCAUAGCACGUCAUUUGUUUCAACACAGUUCAGUUUGUUUCCUCAGUUUCAAGGCACAGAGCAAAUGUAUGCAACAUUGUAUAGUGUGUAAAACUUCUAAAAUAAGACAAGUUAUUGCUAAAAAGACGCCAUUAUAAAGUUUAGCGCUGUUAAAAUAUUUGUCUAUGCACAUGUAAUGAAUUUGUUGUGAUAAACCCUAAUGUAUCUUUAGGGUGCAAAUUUUGUAAAGAAUUCUAAAUGUUAUAAGCAUAUCAAAACCUGCUUAAAGUUGGCUUUUUUAUUUUGGUGAACCAAUAUGAUUUUUACCAUGUCCACACGUUUUAGCAUCAGUUAAUUUUUAUUUAUAGAGGCUUUGCAGCAUUACUGUGUUCCUGUGACAUUAUGUUGCAAAAAUCUUUUGGUUGUUAAUAAUUAUCAGCGCUUAGUUGAAAAAAGUCGAAAAAUAGUUCUGUUUCUAAUUGUGUGAUACUUAAUUCUAGUCUGGGGUUUCUAACUCCAGCUGUGUGUUAGCAACUUGAUAAGUUUUGUGCACAUCUUGUGUUGUACGGUGUUGGGUUGAUUUGUUUAUUAUUACAAUUCAUUCAUUUUUUA